AUGAUAUUGUCACCUCUUUCGCGGCAGCAGACUGCUCUGCGAAUAUGCCGGCCUCUCAUCCAAACCCAAUGCCUCUACAACCCCAAAACGCAACGACGGCGUAUCCAUAAUGUGCCCCUGCUUGUCCAUGGCGAAGCUUUCAAAACCGAUGGCGUACCUGGCAUGCUAUCGAGUGAUGCAUUCGACUUGGCCUGGCAUCAAUAUCAAGGCCACCUCGUCGACCGCCUUAACAGGCUAACAGCCGACACUCCAUUGGAGAACACCCCCACCAAGGAUCUCGUCCUCGCGCACGCCCGCCAACCCCACGCCGCCUCCCUCUUCAACCACGCCAGCAUGGCUUGGGCCAACCACCAAUUUUUCUCCACCCUCUCCCCCAACCCUCCAAAAAUGUCCGCCUUCCUCACAUCCAAAAUCAGCGACUCCUUCUCCUCCCCCGAAUCGCUCCAGAAUACCUUCAUCGCGACCGCCAACGCCAUGUUCGGACCCGGCUUCGUUUGGCUCGUCCGACACAAAUACAGAAACGCUUACCUGAUGGAAAACGAACUCUCAAUCCUAACAACCUAUCUCGCCGGUUCGCCUCUGCCAGGGGCGCAUUACAGGAGGCAGGAACAGGAUCAGAAUACCAUGAUGGCCGCUGGCUCGUUCGGAAGCGCUUCGCUCUUUCCCGGGAAGGAAAGCAAAAUCGCGUACGGUGGAGCGGAUAUCGAUGUCCUGUUGGGGGUGAAUACGUGGGAGCAUGUUUGGUUGAUGAAUUAUGGUGUCGGAGGGAAGAAGCGGUUUUUGGAGGGGUGGUGGAACGCGAUCGAUUGGGAUGUGGUGGAGUCGAAUUGGCACGAUACGAGCAGGGAGAAAAAGACAGAGAACAGAAGGAGUAACCCUCUCGGUAGGCUGGGGGAUGUGGGUAGACGGAAGCAAAGGCCUGUCGACAGUGUAUACUAG